AUGGUAGAAAGUAAUACGCUAUUAUAUGAUACACUGGGAUCACUCAGAGUACCCGAUCUCAAGUCCAUUAUUAACAUGGUCAACGACAAAUUCAAUCACACAAUCUCUACCAAAGGUAGAAAAGACGAGAUUGUUCUUCGAUUGAGCGAACACCUACCCGAGUUGGUAGAAAAGUGUGAUAAAGCAGAAGCAAAAUACGUCAUAGACUUUAUGAAUACUGCUGCCAAUAAAAAGUUGGCAUGGACUUACUCUCAAGGCUCUUUUAAACUGUUGGAGGAUACUACUCCGGAAGAACAAGAAAGAGUGGCUGAAGAAGACACAUUGACCCAGCCUACUCUUCCACAAAGCGUACCAAAUUCAGCUGAUGGACCAUGGCCAAAACGACGGAGACUCCAAGAUCAAGAUCAAAGCCAACAGCUAAAUGAACGAGAAUCACAAUUACAAUUUAAUCAGGCACAACUACUUCAUGAGACGCAACAAAAUGACCUGACACGGCAACACCAUCUACUCCAAGAACAAUCGCAACAGCAGCCUAAUCCUAAUCAACUAGCAGAAUACAUGAUAAAAACCCCACAAGUAUCUAUGUCAGAUCCUAACAAUAUGCAUCAAUCAUCCACCAGUCAAGGAUUUCCAUCACAAUACAGAACAGACAAUCCAAUGCUGAUCAAUACCAAGCCAAAUUCUUUUUACCGACGUAUCUCUACAUUAACACACACGGUUUCGUGUCCAGUAACGCCUGAAAACGGAAGAGGAUCAAAGCACCUUAACUUCAAAUUGAGCCUUCAGCAAGUCGAAAAACUCAAACUUCCCAGACCUUACGAUGGACGAUCUAUAUUUCAAGUACGAAUGUUCUGUAUUGCAGCACCAGAUCCUGACCAAACCGACCCAACGGCAGAAUCAUUGAUAGAAUUCCCACCCAUGUGUGAAUUGAGAAUAAAUGGUCACAUAAUAGAGGGGAGUUCACUUCGUGGUUUAAAAAAUAAACCAGGAACAGUACACGCUCCUGAUGUAACACCUUGGAUAAAACCCUUUCAUCUAAAUAAAGUCGAGUUGCUGUUUGCCAAUACAACAAAGCGAUAUUUAGCAUGUAUGGAAUUUGUCGAGAGAAGUACAGUAAAUGCUCUAGUCGAGGAUUUAACCGUAAACUUUACGAUGUCAAAAGAAACCGUUUUGGAGAACUUCAAGAACACCAACAGCGACACAGAUAUUGUAAUCACUUAUGCAACAUUGACUACAAGAUGUCCUAUUGGCUUUAGCCGUAUCGGAAUACCCUGCCGAAGCAUCGCAUGCCAACAUUUGCAGUGCUACGAUCUAACUACAUUCUUAUCCAUGAACGAGCAAACACCGACAUGGAAAUGCCCAGUGUGUUCAUGUUCCAUUUCAUCUCACCGAGAGUUAUUUAUCGAUGGUCACUUUUCAGACAUUCUGUCCCGGGUGGGCAAAAGGAUCGAAAGCAUACAGAUAGACUCGAACGGAGAGAUGAAAGAGGGAUCUGGCGGUGGAAAUUCCAGUGAAGACGAUGGUGAAGAUUGCGCAGAUUACGAUUCUGAUGACAACCCUAUAACAUCCGCAUCGCCUCAAACAAAUCUUAGAAAAGAGAAUAAUCCAGCUAAUCCAUCUCCAGCUAUUUUGUGCAUCGACAGUGACAGUGACAACGAUAACGACAAUAACAAAGGCAAAGGCAAAGACAACAUCAAAGUUAAAGACAACGAUAAAAGCGAAUGCGAAUGCGAAUGCCAAUCCAAAUCCAAAUCCAAAUCCAAAGAAAAUGAAGAUGUCAAUCGUAAUGAUAAAGAGAAAGAGAAAGGCGAUGAUGUUAAAGCGCAACCCAAACCAUUGAAAUCAAAUCCUAGCUGCAGCAGUGCUGGCAGCCAUGUAACAUCUAAUUAUAACCACCAGGACCAAAAAUCAAGGUCAUUACGGCGUACAGAAAAAAACAAAAAUCGCCCACUUGUUAUUGACCUAACUACAGACAGUGAAGAAGAAGAUGACGAAGACAAAAAAGUUAUCGUAAAGACCUAA